AUGGAAGAAUGGCUCAUGCUAGGUCACUGGAGGCCACCAACAAGUGAUUCCUGCAAGCAUCGUGGCAGAGAUACGGUCCUGGGCUGGCCAGAAGAUGUCACUGCCCCGGGGGCCCUCCCUCAGGAGCUGAUGGUUUUACCUGAACACUUCAUUGGCUCUCUUGGCUAUUGGCUAGGAGUCAGUGAGGCUGGGGUGAGAAGCCUGGAGACUUGGAGCAGUUCUGAAGAGUCCUAUGCUCCAGGCUUCCCUGUGAGAGACAUCGAAGACGUCGAUCUUCUCAUUCAAUGCGAAGCAUUUGAGGAGGCCAAAUCUGAAGAUGAUGAGGAGUUGCUGAAAAUAUGUGAUGGGAUUGACAUGAGCAAUCACCAGGAAGUCUUCUCAUCCCUGUUUCAUAAAGUGAGCCACUCCCCGGUCUCCGUCCAGCUGCUGUCGGUCCUUCAGGGCCUGUUGCACCUGGAACCAUCGCAGCGGUCCAGCCUGCUGCUGUGGGAGGCACUGGAGAUCCUGGUGAACAGAGCCGUGCUGCUGGCUGGAGAUGGUGAGGACACCAGCUGGGGCUGCCAGUCUGGCAGUGUCCCUGGCCACUGCACCCACAUCCUGCACCACAGUGGCUGGACUCUGCAAGGGAAGAUCCUGGCUCUACCCCAUGCUGGGAGGCUGCAGGGAGGAACACAAAAAUUUCAGGAAAGCAGCAUUGAGGAGAUCGUGGAGAGGCUUCUAUCCAUCAAGAGGCGGCCUGGUGGCAGACCGGAAGAUAGAGAUUGUACCAGCAAGGUCCAUAAGUGGACCCAGACCAGCCUGGAUGCCGUCCAGCUGCUGCCGGGAAGCAAGACGUGUCCAGGCACCAGCCUCCCCGGGACCCCGGCGUGGGUGGAGGAGGAGGAGGUGUCCACCCAGCUCCCGGCCUGCUCCGCUACUCCUGAAAAUAGCAACACCACCCUCACCUCCUCCCCCACCGCUGCCAGGUAUGGCAGCCCCACUCCCAACCCCUCCACUGCCAAGCAUGGCAGCGCCACCCGCACCCCCACCACUGCCCGGCAUGGCAGCCCCACCCCCGACCCCUCUAUUGCCAGGCAUGGCAGCCGCACCCCCACCCCCUCCAUUGCCAGGCAUGGCAGCCCCACCCCCGCCCCCUCUAUUGCCAGGCAUGGCAGUUCCACCCCCCGCCCCCCUCCACUGCCAGGGGGUGGCGGGGAGGAAAUCCUGGUGGCCCAAGUGGGCUACACCCUGGGAUACGCCCCAGCCCCUUUCCGCAAGAAGGUGAAUCAGCCCACACUGAGGAUGAAAAAGCUCAACUGGCAGAAGCUUCCCUCCAACGUGGUCCGCGAGAGUCACUCCAUGUGGGCAUCGACUGGCAGCCUCAGCGAUGAGGCCGUGGAGCCAGAUUAUGGCAGCAUAGAGCAGCUGUUCUGCUUCCCAACCACCAAGCCCAAGGAGAAGGAGCCCGCCCCGGUGAAGAAGGAGCCAAAGGAGGUCACGUUCCUGGACUCUAAGAAAAGUCUCAACCUGAACAUCUUCCUGAAGCAGUUCAAGUGUCCGAACGAGGAGAUCGUGGCCAUGAUCCAGCGGGGUGACCGGACCAGGUUUGACGUGGAAGUGCUGAAGCAAUUGCUCAAGCUGCUGCCUGAAAAACAUGAGAUCGAGAACCUGAAAUCCUUCGGGGAUGGAAAAGCCAAGUUGGCAAGUGCCGACCAGUUCUAUCUCCUGCUUCUUGGGGUCCCCUGCUACCAGCUGCGCACUGAGUGCAUGUUGUUGUGUGAGGAGACCCUCAUCGUGCUGGACAUGAUUCGGCCAAAAGCGGAGAUCAUCCGGAAAGCUUGUCAGUGCCUGCUCAGCAGCCACCAGCUCCCAGUCUUCUGCCAACUGGUCCUCAAAAUCGGAAACUUCCUCAACUACGGAAGCCACACAGGUGACGCGGACGGCUUUAAGAUCAGCACCCUGCUCAAGCUGACCGAGACCAAAGCCAACCAGACUCGGGUGACGCUGCUUCACCACAUCCUCGAGGAGGUUGAAAAGAGCCAUCCCGACCUCCUGCGGCUUCCCAACGACCUGGAGCUCGUGUCCAAGGCAGCAGGGAUCAACCUGGAGAUCAUCCGCUCCGAAGCCAAUGCCAACCUGAAGAAACUUCUGGACACCGAGCGAAAGGUCGCAGCCUCUGCUGGGGACGUGAAGGAGCAGUAUGAGGCAUUGAUUCAGGACAGCAUUGUGGCCUCCAGAGAGCUGGAACAGGAGUUCAGCGCCAUCGAGCAGAAGAAGGUGGAGCUGGCAGAUUACCUGUGUGAAGACCCCAGCCAACUGUCUCUGGAAGACACCUUCACCACCAUGAAGACAUUCCGGGACCUCUUCAUCAAGGCCCUGAAGGAAAACAAGGAUCGCAAGGAGCAGGCUGUGAAAGCCGAAAAACGGAAGAGGCAGCUUGCGGAAGAGGAGGCCAAGCGGCCCCGCGGGGAGAAUGGGAAGAUGGCCCGGAAGGGAGUGGCGAAGCAGCCGGAGGAGGUGUGUGUCAUCGACGCUCUGCUGGCCGACAUCCGGAAGGGCUUCCAGCUGAGGAAGACGGCCAAGGGGAAAGGGGACCCAGAGGUCGGGCCCAGAGCCGCCUCUGCCGAAACCCGGAAGGGCCAGGAGCCUGAUGCAGUGGACAGCCCCAGUCAAGGAACCCCAGGGGCCACCGAGGGUGAAGCCAGCUCCCCGGACCAGGCGGGUGCCCCAGUGCCCAGCGGACACCCUGCGGCUGGGGACACUGGGGCAUCCCAUCCCCAUGCACCCCCCUCAGAGAGACGCCCCUCCUGGUGCCAAAUCGGGGACGACCCCCUCCCUGGUGAAGAGGAUGAGGGUCCCACGGCCGGCCAGACGGGGAGGUCAGGCGGUCUGAGGUUUGUCCCGGCCGCGACCCCGGUGAAAUUCUACAGCGACUACUCUCACACCUGUGGCAGUGAGGACAAGGCCGCAGGGCGUGGCGGAGAGGAGAAGAGCGGCCGAGCCCAGGGCCCGGAGGAAGAGCCCCAGCAGGCCCGGGCAGAUGGCGCAGCCGAGAGCGGGGCUGCCCAAGGCCUGGGACCCCAGCCCCCCAAAGCCUUGGUGGAAGCGUUGGUGGCCGGCCCCAUGCUGGGGGAUCCCCUGGAGGACAGGGACGACGACACAGCUCAGGACUCGGUGUUGGACACGUCCUUGGACAGAUCGUUCUCCGAGGAGACUGUCACUGACUCUUCGGGCUCGGCCACGCUCCCACGCUCUCAGGACCGGACGCAGAGAGAGAAGAGGAGGAGGAAGAAGAGGCCGUCCAAGAGUCAUGAAGGUCACGGUAUCCGAACAAAGCCAAAAACCAAGUGACCAACAGUCCGAGAAAAGGUGCCCGGGGUGUCCAUUCGGGUGUCGCCGCUCUGACCUGGACAGCCAGCUGACUCUAACUCCUACCCUCCCCACCUCGCUCGUUAUCUCUUCUUGCCUGGUCCACCUUACCGUGCCAUGCUGGACCGUGCUGGGCCAUGCCAGAUAAAGGAGCAGACUCCGUGCAUCUUUCUGAAACUCCAGGACCCUGGCAGAGACUGGCAUCUCUCCUAUCUACCAGGAGAGAGGUGGUAGCUCAGAAGGAUGGUUUGCACCCCACCAAACACACACUCCUCAUUCAGCUCCGAUCCCCCUGAGUCCAGCAACCCCCUGCAUGGCCAGACCGCUGUCCUGCCCCGCGGCCGGCACCACGCUAUAUCCACCUUAGAGCAUGCUUUUAUAGGGAGCCUCCCCUCGUGAGUGGGGCAGUCCCGGGCGGAGAGCAGCAGCAGCCUCCGCAGCUCAAGAGUCAGAGCUUUCUCUGUGGAAAUAGUUGUCAGCACUUUCUCUGUGAAAACGGGGGUGGGAGUGGGACAAGGGUCUGUCUGUCUGUUUGUCCAUCUGGGCGGUCAUUAUCUGUGCCCCUCGGGCUGGUAGGGAUGGGGCUGGGGCUGUUACAGGUGGGGUUGAGGCUGGUAGAGAUGGAGCUAGGCCUGUGGAGAUUGGCCUGGGGCUGGUAAUAAUAAUAAUAAUAAUGGCAUUUAUUAAGUGCUUACUAUGUGCAAAGCACUGUUCUAAGCGCUG